AUGUCAAGACGUGAAUAUGUAGUUAAAAAAGAUUUUAUUACUGGUUUCAAAGCAGGUGAAUUUUCGAUCUACGAUCAAACUGGUAAAAAUUUUCAGUAUCGGGUUGAAUCUCGUUAUAAUGCUGCGCAUUCAGUCGAACUUGUUGCCUAUCCAUCGAAACAAGUUAUUGCUCGACUUAAGAAUCAACUCACAUUUUUUUUGUACAAAGGUACAUUAGAAAUAUUAGAUGCUGCCUCAAAAAAAAAUGGAUUACAGGUACAAUCAACCAAAAAUUGAAAAUGCUUAGUCAUACAUCUAUCAUCGAUUGGAAUGGAAAACGAUUGUUCAUGAAACAUAAUUUUCCUUCGUUUACAACACAAUUUUUUGAUGAAACACAAGGAAAUCGACUGAUGGCCGAAUAUCGCAUACAUGUGGUAUCGUCAAUUGUGACCAACAAAUAUACAAUGAAAAUCUUCACUGACGAAAUACCCGAUGCACUCUUUUUACUCUGCCUUACUGUUCGAGAUCAUCUUGUUGCAUCAAAAAGACCCUAACCUAGCUGCAAAUCGUUUAGAUUUGUAACCUACUAAAUGAUUGUACUUGAUAUAAUUCAAUAAAAAUAUGAAAUGCGAAUAGAGUUCAAACUACAGAGUUUGUUUUAAAGAGUAUGAAGAUAAUUAAUGCUAUGAAACAUGUAUAUAAGUUGUUUGCAACAUUUUGGUACAACUGGGAUUUUAGUUAUAUUUGUGUACUACUAACUUUUUCUCUCAUUGACUAAUUUGAACAAUUUUUAAUACGUUACUACUCGCUGUGUACUCUAAUGAAAUGAUAUAUAUAUUUUGACUUAAUCUUUACGUUUUCUUUAUCGUUGUAAAAGUCGAAGAAAAGCCCUUGAAAUACCAAUAAAAUGAUUUUGAAAAAUCCUUCUAAAAUUUUCUAAACAUUCGAGUUUGAUUCACUUUGUACAACGACCUUUUUUCGUGUGAUUUUUCAACUAAAAGUGAGCCAAUAUGGAUAGUAUUUUACAUUAUUUGAUUUGUUUUUUAUGGAAGAAACUGAUCCUAUUUUUAUUCAGAACAUAGACUAUGAAAUAAAACGUCAUUCUAUCACAUAGACUUUGAGUGGACUACUGUGAUUUGGAGAACGGUAUUUUUCAUAGGAUAUUACAAGCAAUAGUGAACCCACAUAUAGGCUGCAUCUUAUACCAUUGAACUCGUUUCAUUUAGAAAAAAAUAUUCUAGUUUUAUUGCAAAUGCGGAUCGCGAAUUCAAAAGCAGUUUCACAUGUAAAAUAUGACUCAUAUGUGGUGAAAUGUUGCGAAAUUUUUGCGCUGUGUAACAUUGGCAUAGAACAUAAUAAAAAGCAUUGCUAAAAAAAUGUUACAAUCUACUUUCAGUUUUCGAUUCAAUCAUACUAGAAAGUUGUUAUUCAUUCAUAUGUAAGACAUGAGUAUAUUUAUUUUAUUGAAAAAAAAAAUCGUCAUCGAUACAUUUAUAUUAGAUUAAAAUCGAUUAAAAAAAUCAAAAACUGAUGCUUUUAAUUGACUUUUUAAUCACUGUGUUACCUAUUCUAGUCAACCAUAAUCGAAAAACAAUCAAAAGUUUAUUAAUUAUUCUGAUUCAUGUCAAUUAUAAUCAAUUAAAAAUUAUCCAAAAAACA